AUGGACAUCCCCAACCUCACGUCUACAUAUACGGAAAACCAGGAGAUGGCCAACCUCCUGCUCCUCGCCGCCGUCACCAGGAUGGAAGGUUUCAGCGAAGCCACAGAAACGGCCGGGACCAACUUCUUUCUGAGCCACGAAGAAAAGUUCUCCCACGGCACUUUCGCCACUUGCCGGGACGAAUCGCACCCACGAACCGCCCUGGGCGAAGGCACGUACCACGCAGGCACCGAAUUCCAGCCGGUCGAGGCAGAUUAUGAACAACCCCGACUGGACUCCACGGUCGACGACGGCUUCACGGACAUAUUCUUGGACGAUUUCAUACACGUCGAGACUGGGGAGCACCCUACGUCUUUCGAACUGUCCCUGUGUCUUGAAAAUUUUGACUAA